AUGUUCGAUUUAUUUUCUCUUAUAUGCCUAAUAAUUGCUAUAAUUGAAUCAAUGACAGGACUUCUUGGAAAUGCAACUAUUUUGGCUGUCAGUUCAACUAGCUGCAUCAGGAGCAAAAUAUUGUCCUCCUAUGAUAUGAUUAUGAUUUUUCUGAGUUUAUCCAGAUUAUUUUUGCAGUCCUGGAUGAUGCUGGAUUUCUUUCUAAGUCUGUUUUGUGAAGCCUCCUAUUAUGAAGAAAAGUUGUAUGUAACUUUCAAGACAGUUUUUGUGUUUCUGAACUACUCCAGCCUCUGGUUUGCUGCCUGGCUUAGUGUCUUCUAUUGUAUCAAGGUUGCCAGUUUUACUCAAUCAUUCUUCAUCUGGCUGAAGCAAAGGUUAUCCAGUUUCAUGCCUUGGAUGCUGAUAAUGUCAUCUCUUUUCUCCUUUGUAAUCUCUCUGCCUUUUUCCUGGGAUAUCUACAAUGUGCACAACAACUUCACUACUCCUUUAACCAUGAGAAACUCUUCAGAAAGGAGAGGCACAAUGAAAACUAGUUUGUUAUUAUUGAUCCUUCUCUGUAAUGCUGGUAUAGCUUUACCUUUAAUAAUGUUUGUUGUUUCAAGUAUCCUGCUGAUUAAGUCUCUCUGGAGACACACCAGGCAGAUGCAAAAUAAUGCAACUGGUUUCAGGGAUCCUAGCCAAGAGGCCCAUAUUGGUGCUAUCAAGUCAGUCUUUUCUUUCCUCAUCCUGUACAUUACAAAUUUUAUUGCUUUGGUUCUCUUUUUAUCCGAUGCUUUCUCACCUUUCAGCAUUGGAGAAACCAUAUGUAUAGUUGUAAUGGCUGCCUGUCCUGCAGGACACUCUAUGAUCUUAAUCUGGAGCAAUCCCAAAUUUCGAGAGAUGCCAGCUAGGAUUUUGCAACACAUAAACUAUCAUAUUAGAACUAGAUUCAUGUAA